AUGGAGUUGGAAUCGAUGAAAGAGCGCCAUGCGUUGUUGAAACGGAAGGCGAACGAGUCAAUCAAUGAAAUUCUCAACUGCGGACAGUCGUCCACGAGUCCUCAGAAACGGUUUGUCAAUUUUGCUGUUCAGUGGAACACCUGAAAGUGAUUGCAGAUCCAAGAAAAGCCAGGCUCAAAAAAUUCGUGAUAUCGACUCGUACAAGAAAAUCAUUAAAACUUACAAGGUAAGUUAUAUCACAAGGAAAUCCCUUAUAAGUUAUAACUGCUUUGUAUCAGUAUGACGUGUAUUCAAAAAUAUUCCCAGUUAAAACAACUUCUAAAUUUUAGUUUCAUAAUUAUUGAUUAAUUAACGCAAAUGUUACCUAUUCAUUACAAUCGAUGGAAAAUUCCAUUCAGAAAUUUUCUCAUAACUCCGAUUGUUUCGGAAAACGUAUUUCUUAUAGAUAAAACACAAGUGGUUUAUGUCUGUAUGUCUUUUUGUCAAUUAACAAAUUAACAUUUACAGGCUCCCAUUUGGUACGGAUGCGCGGUCUCGCCCCGCGACCUGGCGGACUUCGGAUGGGCUUGCGUCAAGAAGGAUUCCGUGAAGUGUGUCGAGUGCGAUCAGUACCUGAGCACUGGUCUUCCCAACAUUUGCAAAGUUUCCUUCAACGUCUACAACACUUGCCUCGAGUGAGCUCGGCGCUCGUUAUCCGCUGAUGACUGACUGUUUUCAGAGAUGUUCACGAAAAGAUGGUAACUGCUCACAGGUCGACUUGCAAGCUGAGAAGCGGUGCUCCGCCAUUCCGAAUCGUCGAUCCGACGUCGAAGGAAAUUUUGGAUGGAAUCAAGAGCAGACUGUCUUACACAAACGCAAUCGAUGCUGGAGACUUGAAGGCGGUUAGAUUGACGUUUCGUUGACAGCUACAUGUAUUUUAGUUGCUUCAGGACAUUCCAUCUGAUGUGAAUUUGCCGAAAAUGGAAGGAAUAGCACCGGAACUCGUAUUCUUGUCGGCUCUCGGCUGGCAAGUUUCCAAGCCGAGAAGAGGAACUCUUAUCUUGGGAUGCGACCAUUGUGCUAGGGAGUUGGCUAUUAGGUGGGUCAUUUGUUAGUUUAAAUAUAGGAUAAAGUGUUCAGAAGUGGAAACAAGUUCGAUCCGAUUCAUAAUCAUGAGAGUUGGUGCCCGCGGAUUGAAAUGGACGAACUCGGGGAACCGAGUUGGCAGACUGAUCUCAACAUCCUUCUCAACACCAGAAAUCGUGGCGUCACCAAGGUAAAAUCUAUGCGAUAAAAACGAGGUUUCAUCUCGUCCUAUUCAGUACUCGGACUCGUCAAUCUUCAAGGAAGCGUACGCCGCCCGUCGCCUGCUCGACAGUUCUCUCUCCACUAUCAUCACUCCGACCUACAUCUGA